AUGACAUCCCCAUUACCAUCUCUUUCAACUAACGUUGUGAAUGAUGAGUCUCUUACCGCAACGUCUCCAUCUCUCGACAAUGCCAUUGUAGCACCUAUUGAGACCCCUGCUGUUAUUAAUUCUCCUGUUCCAGCCACUAAAUUGUCUCAAGAACCAGCAGAAUUACUCGGUCGAGGACACCGAACUCAACCACUGAAACUUGCGGAUUUUUUAGUAAACACAGUCUCAAUCUCUGAUUCUUCGCCUAGUCCACUCGCCUCCGCAGCACCCUCAGGUACGGCGUAUCCUCUCUCUUAUUAUCUCACAUGUGAACUCUCCCAACCAUCACAGUUACUUAGUAGCGCUUUGACAACGGCCGCUCGCUCCUUCAACGAAGCUAUGUAA